CACUAGUCUCCCAUUCAGUUAACAAACUUCGCAGGCUGCAAACGUUUUGUGCUAUAACGAAAGAAAAAAUAAACGAGGAAAUAAAAUAAAAAGUUUUUAAUACAAAAAAAUAUAUAUCGCGUCGCAUAUUAUUUCACAUUUAAAAAUGAUUUUUUUACAUUUAUUGAGCACUGUGGCGAUAAUGCUAUUACCAGCGCUAGUAUGGUGCAAUCAACCCACCUAUCAGGUCUCCUUAUACGUCAAUAUGCAUCCGAAAGUCCCUCCAAUUCACUUGUGCAAUGGCGUCAUAAUCCAAAGUCGUCUCAUAUUAACAACGGCAUCCUGUAUUCAUUAUCAGUUUUCGCCAACUAGUUGUGUAGUUUCGCUUCCACCAUCCUCGUUGACAGUGAUCAGUGGCAGUUCCACAGCAUUUACUGAUGAGCUUGUCCUUGGCGUCAAGGAUAUUCUUGUAGCAGAUAAUUUCAACUUUACCACAGGCCAAAACGAUUUGGCCCUGCUGCGUCUCAAUGGAAAAUUGCCACUGGAUGUGCGCAACGAUAUGACCUGGAUAACUUUGGACGAAGUUUCCAGCUUCGAAGGACCAUGUGUGGUCAAUUACUAUGUGCGAAGUUCUAUUGUCCAAUCACCCAAUUACAUUCAAACCGAAGAGCUACCUUUGCUGAACAGGGAUGUAUGCGGAUCUAACUAUGAAUACCCUGAUAUGAGGAAAAAAGACAUUUGCUCCCUGUAUAUGCUUCCUUUGGGCUUUAAUUGUCAUUCGGUCGAUGCUCUGUUAUCGCACAAUGGAGAUCGAGGAACAGGCUUGGUUUGCGAAAACAAGCUAGUUGGCCUAUUGUCGACAGUAUUAACACCUGAGGACGACAAAAAUGAGCUGGAUUGUUCGGAUAAUCCGAUACAUGCGUUUUACACAAAUUUGGAACCUCAUUUGAGCUGGAUAUUCGAUAAAGUAUCGGAUGAAGACAUGGCCAUGUAUAAUGAUGGUGAUUUUAUAGAUUCUCUUCCCUUUGCUGGCAAAAAUGAGGAUACAAAAAUAUCAGCUGAGCCUGGAUCCACGUCACCAUAUGUGGGCAAUAGCGCAACGAGUUCUUCCGUGCAGCCAUCUUUUGUGGAAAAUGCAGCUCCCAAGCAUUUAUUAGGUUCCUUAGCUGCCGCUGCGCUGGCUAUCUGUCUGCCUUUGCAAUUCGUCAUGUUGGGGUAGUACCGGCCAGGACAGAUGACAGGAUUGCUAAUGCCACUCUAAAGUCACUCACAUAUUUAACUGAAAUAUAUAUACCGUCACAUUUUGUACAUACAUAUUUUUAGAUAUUUAUUCUACCUCUUAGUUAUCUAAAAUUAGUCAUAGUUUUCGAUUAACUUAAUGCGAAAAGCUUUGUAUCGCAAAAAGAAGUAGCGUCUUGUGUUGUUUCUUUGUGAGUCGAGGUGAACCUUCAUUUCAUUCGAAUCUUAUCUAUUGCGCGAACGUUUCUACAAGAAACCGGAUGGCGCGACCCCUUCUAUGACAUAGAACAGUAGCCAACGAGGCAAAGCCGUCAAAUAAAAAUACAAUCCCUACUGUUUUGGUUUGCAGCUACACUUCUCCUACACUCAAAAAAAAAAAAAAACAUUACUCAUAUAGAAACCUUUCGUCUCACAGACUUCACUGUGGAAAAUGUUGGCAGUUUGUUUAUGAAUUUACGAUAAAUUUGUAUAAGAAUUUGUUACAAAUGCAUGGUUUUAACCCUUUGUUAGUUUAUUAGUUCAACGCCAAGUACAAUAAUAUUACAUCUUAUAUUUUACUGAAAAUUAACUGAAAAUUC